AUGCCUCCUCAAACGGAGAAGAGGAAACAAUUGAAAAAGAAAAGCAAAACGAAAAAGCAUGCAAGGGAGAAUAAUGAAGAGCAAGAGAAAAACCAAACGAAGAUCCAUCUUGGCAUCAGGUUGCUUUCCAACUGGCUAUUAUUAUCGCGCUUCGCUGCAGUCCAGGCUGGAAGGGAGUAUGUUUACGAGUGGUACAUAGCACCGAGAGGGAGAGAAGAAGGACAGAGAAAUGUAUAUCGAAGGAUGGCUUUUCUUCCUGGAUACAUCACGUACCAUAUCUUCGGAUUUACCAUCUAUCACAAUGAUGAUGUGUAG